GUUCGAGUGAGUGAUUGUGAGUCAAGUCAAUGAAACUUAUAAACUUGAAAAACUCUAUUUUCUUGAUAAUAACUCAAGUGUUUGAAACUGCGUGUUAAUAAAAGAGGGUCAAAUAUACGUUCUAACUUGGUUUUCGUCUCACCCGUUAACGAUGUUGCGCUUUCUAAGCCGAAGAGGGCGUUCAUCUAGUCAAAACCGCAAUAAACAAACCCAGAAAGCGUCAAGCAACAAAAAUCUAAUACAAUGCAAAGUUCUGCUACUUGAUGAUACAGAUUUGUCUAUAAACUUAUCUAAAAAAGCAAGUGCAGGUGACCUUUAUGAGCAAGUUUUUUAUUCUCUGGAUUUGAUUGAAAAAGAUUACUUUGGACUGCAGUUCACUGAUACUCACAAUGUCAAACAUUGGUUGGAUCCGACUAAGACCAUCAAGAAACAAGUAAAAAUAGGGCCUCCAUAUACUUUACGGCUAAAAGUAAAGUUUUAUUCUUCUGAACCCAAUAAUCUGAGGGAAGAAUUAACUAGAUAUCAAUUCUUCUUGCAACUGAAGAAGGACAUAUUGGAGAGCAAGCUAGAGUGUCCACACUCUACAGCUGUAGAAUUGGCUGCAUUAGCCUUACAGUCUGAGUUAGGUGAUUUUGAUGAAAAUGUUCACACUCCAGCAACUGUGUCUGAGUUCAGAUUUGUACCUAAUCAGACAGAAGAAAUGGAGAUAGAAAUCUUAGAAGAGUAUAAGAAAUGUAAAGGUCUUACCCCUGCACAAGCAGAAGUAAACUACUUAAACAAAGCAAAGUGGCUUGAGAUGUAUGGUGUUGAUAUGCACAUUGUCUUAGGUAAAGAUGGGUGUGAGUACCACUUAGGAUUGACACCAACAGGCAUACUGGUCUUUGAAGGACCUCAGAAAAUUGGUUUAUUCUUCUGGCCUAAGAUAAGCAAGUUAGAUUUCAAGAAAAAGAAACUAACACUUGUGGUUGUUGAAGAUGAUGAUCAAGGUCGGGAACAAGAGCAUACCUUUGUGUUCAGAUUACAUAAUGAAAAAGCCUGCAAACACCUAUGGAAAUGUGCUGUUGAACAUCACACUUUCUUCCGCUUGAGAGCACCAGUCAAAGGUCCAUCAGCACGACAAAACUUCUUCAGAAUGGGUUCUCGAUUCCAAUACUCUGGAAAGACUGAAUACCAGACCACUCAGCAAAAUCGCGCCAGACGUACAGUCCAGUUCGAAAGACGACCCAGUCAGAGAUUUGCUCGUAGACAGAGUCAUGUCUUGCGGGAGAGAGAGAAACAAAGUGUAGUGAAACCAGAGACUACACCACCUGAGGCAGCUAAUGAGCCCAGCACAUCAUCUGAUACUGCAGUACUUGUGCCUGAUGUAGAUACUCUGUCUAGAAAGAGUAGUGCAAAGUCCCAGAAAUCAACUCUUAUGGAUGCUGAGAUCAAACCUGAGGUUGGUGAGCCAUCAACAAAGAACUUACUAAAUGAAGAACCUGCUGAAGAAGUAUUGAUGUCAAAAGAUGAUGCUAUUAGCAACAAAGUACUAUUCAAAAUGGAUAAAUCUCUGAUUGAAGAAAAGAAGAGCAAUUUGACUCAACUUGUGAUUAACAAACCCGCUUGCAGCUGUUCACCUGUGACAGAAUCGAACCCACUGAAUGAUCUCCUUAUGAGUUUAGUUAAAGAAAAACUUAAUAAUGAUGAUUCUAAAAAUGAAGCAAAGAGAGAUCAGAUAGAUUCGGCUACUGACAAAGAAGUACCGAACAAUCAAACAAAGUGUUAUUUGUCAUCUACAAAGGCUUUACCGCCUGGCCAAUUGAAAUGUAAUAAUAUUUUGAAAGCUAGAGAAAACGAAGUGAAGGUUAUAAACGAAUCUACCAACAUCAAUCUGGCCAUACCAUCCACCCCAUCACCUAAAAUACUGAAUGAACCAACAAAUCCAAUAAAUUCGCAAUAUGUAUCAAUUGUGGUGGUAGAGCCACCCCAUAACCAAGCAAAAUUGGCAUCUCCUAAGCCAGUUGAGAAGAAGGAGGAUGUGACUCCUAAGGUUCAGCCGAUAUCAUCACUGUCGCCAUGGCUUGUCACUUCUGAACCAAGCUCGCCUUCAGGAAUUGGGGAGAAGGAAAUUACAAUUAUCCAUCGUAAGUCUGUUAUUACUACACAGCUGUAAUUAUUUUGUGUAGGUAAGUUUUAAGAAAAUAUUGUUAAAAAAUACAAAAAAUGACAAUGUAGUUUUAAAUUGCAUGUUUGCUUUUAAUAUAGUGCCUUAGAAAAUCGCCUAUUUUUGAAAUAAGGUAGUCAAUGAAAUUAGAAUCAAUACCUUAAAUGUUUAUACAUAUUUUAUUUUUACAAUGGGAAUUAUAAUGUUGUAAUGGCAGUUAGAAUAUAUUUCUUCACAUUUUAUGUGUUACUGAUUUUGGUUGGUUAUUUACCAAUCUUUCAGUUAGUUUUAAUUUUUAGCUGUUUGAACCUGGUUUUUAUAUUUGGUACUUUGCCCAAACGGCAAAAUACUUUUAAACUAUUUAUAUACAUAACAUGAUUUAAUAAUGAUAUGAAUUUUCGCUUUCAAAGUUUCGAAGGAAACCUAAAGCGAGAUGAUGCCUUAAAUAGCCACAAUACAUUUAAACAAAUGUGCGAUGAACAGGUUUCAUUCCGCUUGGGUGUACUAAGUAGAUAUCGAUACUUAAGUCUAGAAAAAAAAACUUAAACAUUUUUACAUGUACUUAACUAUCGUACUUAACAUUUUGUAAUAAUUAAAUUGGGAAUAUUUUUAAAUUCUCUAAAUAUUCAUAUUAGAGAGGGGGGUACAUAUACAUUCCUUUUAUUUACUUUACACUUUUAAAUAUAUCAUUCCAUUCCGACAAUGGCGUCUGUCGCACGCGGCGGACGGCAAAUGGCUAGCGAGUAGCGAUAGACGCAUCUGCGGCUAAUUCUUCAUCGUUAGUCACGGUAUGGAAUUUUAUGGCCCGACGUCUGACGACAGACGAGUGUGUCGAAAAGGAACCCAUAGGCCCAAGUUCGAAGACUCUAACAUCCAUUCUCUUAAAACAAUUGUUACUAUGAAUUUUCAAAGUAAACACUUGUUUUAAGAAAUACGUAUUGCGUUGUCUAUGAAAAUGGGCCUUUAUCGGAUAUUUUAACCAGUAAUUGUCCAACAGUAGCAUCCAACUUCUUUAGAUGUUUCUGUUAAGAGUUCUUGCUAGUUAACAACAUCAUGUAUAAAUGAACAAAGAUGUAUGAAAACUCCUACAUAAUUCACUGGUUAAAAUAAAUCCGAAACUUUGUGAUAGAGUUGAUGCCGUCCUAAAUAUCGAAUCAUUCUGAAACAAUUUAUACAAUUAGCAUUAAGUACAACAUAUCAGUAUUAGAAAAUGAAACAACUAGAAAGAUAGGUGCCAUAGUUUAUUAACUUGCCAUUCGGACUGCUCUAAAAAUUGUAUUGGAAUUGUGAACAAAAAUUUGUUCUUGGUUGAUACAUAUAUUAUACUUUGAUGAUGUACUUACCUAUAUUGUAAACUGGGUUACAUAAUAUGUAAUAGUAUAGCUAACACGUUUUAAAUUACGUGUUUUCAGUUUAGCAUUUAAUACGGUAAUAUUAUGUUAUUUACCGGAAAUAUAGGACAUCACCCACUUUUAGUUAUUUGGUGAAUUAGAUUGAAUAUUUAUUUGAAAUCCUAUACACAGUAUGAAAUUGCAGCUAGUAAUGAUUAAUUAAAUAUGAAUGAAAUACAAAUACAUAUAUUUAUUUUUAUAUUAAUAAAAUUGUCUCAAUUUGGGUGAUGCUUUACAAUAUUUUAUUGUAACUUUGCUUACUUAAAACAAUUAUUAUUUUAUACUUACUUAGAUGUGUAAUGAAGUUAUUGUUAAGAUAUUGGAGUUUACUAUUAAGUGGUACGUGUUAUUUUAAUAAUGUUAUACCUUAAUUAAUUGAUUAAGAUUUUCAACAAAUAUCGUGCCAAUUAAAGAAUUACAAGGUGCUUGGGAUCAAUAUUGAACGAACGAUUAUUUUAAUCGAAUCUCGGUAGUAACGACUGGUUUUUAAAGUAUUAGACGUCAAGUACAUGGGUAGUAAAUACUGCAAUAAUAUGUACAAAGCAGUCACAACAUAGACCAGCGACAUAUUCUAUUAAGAUUUAACUAGGUAUAUUUAGUACAGCUACUGUGCAAAUUGCAUUAUUAUAUUUACUGUCGAAGCUAUAUCUAGAUUCAAUCACAUGAAUCUAGCCUUUUACAAUUUCCGUGUUAAAAGUGCCUAUCAUGUAGAUAACAACUACUUGAAAGAUAAACGACAAUAAAUGAAGACAUUUGUUUUAGCCACAUGACAAUGUUUUAAGAAAAUUUUCUGUAAGCAAUUUUAUUUGAUUAUUGUUUAUGUUUUUAGUCAUUAAGACAAAUCUAUUAUCGAAUAUUUUUUAUUAUAUCGGGAUUUAUUUUUCUUUGUAUUAUUUUACAUUAUUAUAUUACUACCUACUAUUGGAUUAUAAUAAAAUAUUUAUUUUAA